GGAGAAUAACAAACUCGACUUCUUCCUCUGGUGCAGCUCCACGAUGAUGCGCAGACGGCGGCUCUCCUCGCACCUUUCAAUCAACAACAAAAGCAACAAGACCAACACCAGCGAUGGUUAUUCCAGCGACGACGCCCAGGCGGAAGCAACAGCAGCACCCCCUUCCACUCCGUCUGGGAUAUUGUUGAACACAAGUUAUGUCUGGGUGCGCACCGAUGUCGUGAGGACGAUUCUCGACAACAGCGGCGACCUCCCGCACGGCUGGAAACAGAAACCACCCUCGAGGAAGCGGGGGAGAAACGAGGGCCCACGCUCCUGGGGCUGGGCGCGGGCUCGCGUUGUGGAAACACCAUCGGUAGCCGCGGCAGCCACGCUGCCGUCGUCUCGAUCGACGCACUCGAGGUUCGGGGGAAACAAUGCAAACAGCAGGAGCCGCUACCAAACACAAACCGACGGCUCUGGCACGACGAGGAGCGUGAGGAUCACCCUCGCGAUCGAGGACGACGAAUACGCGCCUUUUGGCAUGAACGGAAAGACCGUAUCCCUUUCCUACGAUAGCAACACCACGGAAAUCGUCUGCAACGCGAAUAGCUGGUGGUGGAACCACGAAACCGUCGGUGGCUUUGGCGGCAAUGACGAUGACGAUUGCGACAGCUCUGUCGUGGAACCACCGAGGGACCUGACGUCCCUGACCCAUUUGCACGAACCGGCAGUGGUGUAUUGCUUGCAAAAGCGCUACGAGCAAGACUCGAUCUAUACCUAUACAGGGAAAAUAUUGCUGGCACUCAAUCCCUUUCGGAUGCUGGAUAAUGUUUACGGGGAAGACAUCAUGGAGUUGUACUGGCAGCGGGACGAACUGCAGCAGCGGGGUGGAAGCAAUCCAAACGACAACGCGGGACCGCCUCCACACGCCUAUGCGAUUGCCCAGGACGCCUAUCGGUCCCUCCUUCACGAGGGGGACGACCAGUCCAUCCUGGUUUCCGGGGAAAGCGGGUCGGGAAAGACCGUGACGACAAAAAUCAUCAUGGCGUAUUUGGCAAGCCAAUCGCAGCGGAACGCACUCGAGCAAAACGGAAGCGACAACGGCAACAGCCACUACAACGACGACGACGACGAUAGUAACAGCGAUUCCCGCGAGGGCAUCGAAUCGCAGAUCCUCCAAUCCAAUCCCAUCCUGGAAUCCUUUGGAAACGCGCGGACGGUCCGAAAUGACAACUCGUCACGGUUUGGCAAGUUCAUCGAGCUCCUUUUUACUCCGAGCACGGGCCAGCUGGUCUCGGCCUCGAUUCAGACCUACCUCCUGGAAAAGGUCCGACUGAUUUCACAGGCCUACGGAGAACGGAACUACCACGUCUUUUACGAACUCCUGGAGGGCGCGACGUCGCCGGAAGAGCGGGUAGAGCUGGGACUGGAAGGCUCUCAUGGACACAGACUGGGUCCAGAAGACUUUCGGAUGACGGCGUGCUCCGAGACUUUUGACCGUCGGGACGGGGUUUCGGACAGAGACACCUUUCGGGACCUCCGCGAAGCCCUUGGCUCGGUCGGUGGUUUUUCGGAGGAAAAACAGGCCUCUUUGUUCUCGGUAGUUUCUGCACUACUCCACACCUCCAACAUCACCCUCGCGGCGGGGGCCGACGAAAGCAGUCAGCCGAUCGCAUCGGAAUCCCUAGACCACGCCCUGGGGCUGCUCGGCGUCUCGAACGAGGCGCUCACCAAUGCGCUGUGCUCGUGCAAGAUCCGGGCCCGCGGGGAGGUCUUUCACAAGAAAUUGUCGGUGGUGCAGGCCACCAAGGCCCUCGAGGCGCUCAUCAAGGCUACCUACGGGGCGCUUUUUGAUUACAUCGUGGCAACCAUCAACGAGUCGAUCGCGUCGAGGCUGCAAGCGAUGAAUCUGUCUCCCCGCGCGAAAGAUCUCCCGCGGAUCGGGGUCCUCGAUAUUUUCGGAUUCGAAUCCUUCGAGGUCAACUCGUAUGAGCAGCUCUGCAUCAACUACUGCAACGAAGCCCUCCAGCAGCAGUUCAACAAGUUUGUCUUCAAGCUUGAGCAGCGCGAAUACGAACAGGAAGGGAUAGAUUGGUCAUUCAUUGAGUUUCCAGACAACCAGGACAUUUUAGACCUGAUCGAAAAAAAGCGAGACGGCAUUUUGUCCAUCCUUGACGAGAAUUGCCGGCUUGCCACCUGCACGGAUGCCACUUUUUGUCAGGCCAUUUACGAGAAAUGCAGAGAACAUCCCAGGUUUGGUGCUACGCAGGCAGAAAAGGCGGAUGGCUCCUUUUCGAUCGAGCACUACGCCGGAACUGUGAAAUACAGCGCGGCCAACUUUCUCGAGAAAAACAAGGACGAACUGCCCCAGGAAACUACGGAGCUGCUCACCUCGUCCUCGGUGGAACUUCUGUCGUAUCUCGGUGAAACGCUGAAGAAGAAUACCGACAACGAGUCGGCCGGUCCAUCUACCGGCAGUAACAACGGGUUUCUAUCGAAGCAGAACAAACCCCCCUCCACCAAGCGAAUGAACUCGUCGAUCCUCCGUACCACGGUUGGCAGCCAAUUCAGCAACCAGCUCAGGGAGCUCCGCGACAAGAUCGAUUCCACCACGCCCCACUACGUGCGGUGCCUAAAACCUAACGACGAUUUGGUCCCGGAUCGAUUCGAGGCACACAUUAUUGCCGAGCAGCUGCGCUGCGCUGGCGUGUUGGAAGCCAUAAGGGUAUCAAGAGUUGGGUUUCCCCACAGAUAUUACCACGAGCAGUUCAUUGAACGAUAUGGAAUGCUAACAAAGAAAAUCAGCCGUCGAAAGCGAGGGAGGGACUUUUGUUCGGCUCUCAUCGACCUGCUGAUUCCUCAGGUUUCGGCGAUGUACGGGAAACGAGUUGGCGCUGCCAAAAAGGUUUCUCUGGGAAUGCAGGUAGGAUUCAGCAAGGUGUUCCUCAGAACUUCAGUCUUUGACAAUCUCGAGAUUCUUCGGAACAAGAAGCUCGCUCAAUCGGUGGUGGUAAUCCAAAAAUACGUGCGCAGGUUCGUGGCGUGCAAUUGCUAUUUUGAGUACAGGGUUGCUGCUGUAAUUAUCCAGUGUUUCUUUCGCCAGGUGGGUGCGUCUCGCGAGACGCGCAGAAUCAAGCAAACUGCUGCCGCGAUACGGAUCCAAUCUGUUUGGAGAACUUUCAUGGCCGAAACGGAGCUCAUGGCGUCGAGGUUGAUCGCACACUUUGGCCAGACUUACUGGAGGGGAAUUGUUGCCCGGAAAUUGUGUGCGGUGGCGCACAUGGAAAAGCAAGCAAACGUAGUUCAGCGGUGCUGGCGUGGCCAUCGUGCAAGGCGCCCGUACCGAGAGACCUUGAGGAAAAUCAUUUUGAUACAGUGCCUUUGGCGAUGCAAGGUUGCAAGAAGAGCGGUCAGAGAUCUCCGACGAGAAGCCCGUAGCAUUAGCCAUAUUGCGGCCGAAAGAGACCGUUUCAGGGAGGAGUCGGUCCGUCUUAGGAGAGAGAUCGAAAACCUCCGAUCCUCGAAGUCCGAGACCGGGUCCGACCAUUUUUCGUCAUUUGAAGUAGAACAGCUCAGGCGAGAAGUGCAGAGACUUCAAACAGUCAUCAGUCACUCGCAAAUGAGUGUCGGCAGUACUGCUACGACCCAUAGCGCUACUAGGAACGACUACGCAGGAACCUCUUGGCCCGGAAGUGCUUCCGGCUGCGAAGAUUUUGGUGGCUACAGAAGUCCAUCGUUGCCAAAGUCUAUAUGUGCGCAUUCUCAUAGCCCUUCCACGCGAAGAGAUAGCGUCGUAAGCGCGUCCCAUUCCAUUGGAAUAGGAAUGGGUCAUGUAGUGUCUUCGCCUAGCACGAGUUUGCUAGACACGGAUCCCGAACAAGAAAUGGAAGAGUAUCAGCUUAGGAAUGUCUCUGGUUCAAGCGCUGGUCCGUCAGGAAUUUUCCAUGCUUCGAUUUCUAGGUCGAUUCUUCAGGACGACGAGCAUCGGCAGGGCAUGGCGGCAGAGCCCGAGGGUACGGAAUCGAAAAUUUCCUCGUCUUCGUACGGUAGCGUAUCAAAGCUCCACCAAUCCAUCAGAAACAACGAUGUGAUCACCAUGAAUCGGAUCAUUGAGGUAUCGGACGAUCCUCUCGUCUUGGUGAAUGCACAGAAUCUAGAUGGUCGAACGGCACUGCAUGUAGCCGUUGAAUCAAGCAGUGUACAGGCAGUGACGGAUCUUUUGAGAAGGAGCGCUGUUUCGAAUGCUCAAGACUUUGACGGAAACACUCCGUUGCAUUUUUCCACCGAAAACGUCAUCGCCACGCUCCUGUUGGACGAAGGAAAGGCGAAUCCAAAUAUCCCAAAUAUUGACGGCAUCUGUGCCUUGCACAACUCUGUGGAAAGAUUAGAUGUGCCAUCCGUCCGUUUGCUGCUCAAGUACGGUGCAAAAGUUAAUGUCGCAGAUAACAUCAACUGGUUUACUCCACUCCACAUGGCCCUUCUACAAUAUGCUCAGGGUUAUUCACUGGACAACAAUGGAUCGCGAGCUAUGAUUGUCGAUUUGCUCUGUGGAGACAUGCUCCAAUUUGAUAUGAACGAAAAGGAUCGCGAGGGAAACACCCCGCUUCACUAUAGUGCGCAGCUUGAAACACCAGAUGCAACCGAAAUCAUGAGUGUGAUCUUGGAGAAAGGUGCGGAUCCAAAAGUUUUGAACGGUCGAAAUCAACAAGCCCUGCUCUUGCUUUGCCAUAACGAGGAUCUGAGACGCAGCUACGAAGCUUUUCAGGAAUGCCUUCACACGCUGCUUUCAUACGGGGCAGAUCCAAACCACCAAUCGAAUUCUGGAUGCACCCCUCUUCAUUUAUGUCUUUAUCAUCAAGAUAUCGAUUCAGCGAUCCAGCUUAUAAGUCAUUCGGCAGAGCUUCAUAUGAUGUGGAAUAGGGUAAGUUUGGUCAUUUUGAUGUGCGAAGUACUUUUGCAUCUCUCGAUAAUUUUCCUCACAUACAAAUUUCUUUUUUUUAGCCGGAGUCAUGGAUUCCAGAUGGGGAUCCAUUUGGGAGCCCAAAUGUUCUUGCGCUCGACAUGGUAUCGCAAGAAACUUCGGUGCAUCGUUUGCUUGCUGCUAUCACUGGACCACCAAAAUGCGCCCCGGUUCGCCCUUGGUGUAUGCAAUGUAAAUCGCCACAGGGUUCUUCCGAACGAUCGUUCCACUGCCAGCACUGUGGAAGACACGUUUGUUCGAACUGCACAAGGCGUGCUCUGCAACCAGAUUUCUUCCCCAAAUCAUUUGACAUCUGUGAAGCUUCGUGGGUUUGUAUUGUGUGCGAGGAUAUCUUGGUUUCGAGAAAAGAAGAAUUUAGCAACAGUACAAGCACGAGUGCGACCAAUCCAACUUCGUCACUGGCAGUCGAUGACGACGAAUUGUCUUCCAAUAGAUUGCAUCUCAUGUAAACUAUCACUCAUAAAAUCGGUCAAGUUUA